UUCGUCUUCUUGUUCUUCGGUAGUCAGACGGUCACGGUCACCGGAGAUUGAUCAUGGCUCGUCGUCGUCGUCAUCGCCAUCGUCGUGGCCAUCGCCGCCGGAGAGAAGACGAAGGUGCCGAGCAGGAGGUAACACCCGCCAGCCCACCAAGCCGUCCUCAUUUCUUCAAGGUCAUACUCUCGCACACCCUUGAAUCUGGAAAGCUUGGAAUCCCAAAAAGCUUCUUGAGAAGACAUGGAAAAGAUCUCUCAGGUCUGGUGCUUCUCAAGGUUGCAGGUGGUUCAACCUGGCCUGUGAAACUAGAGAAGGGUGACAGUGACGUGGUUUGGUUGUGGAAAGGGUGGCGAAACUUCAUGGAGCAUUAUUCGAUUGGUCAUGGUCACCUCAUUGUCUUCAAAUAUGAAGGGGGCUCCAUUUUUCGUGUGAUAAUAUUCGAUAAGAGCGCUUCGGAGAUUGAUUAUCCUUCGAGCAUGGGAAGUUACGUAGCGAGCCCCGAGGGCGAGUUCCUCUCUCGAAAAGAGGAAAAUGUCGUGGAAAUUGAAGAUUCAGAGGGGCUCGUGCCUCGUUCUUGGCCAAGUUCAAACGGCUCAGCACGAGAAUUUGGAGGUCCAAGUUCUCUCACUGCUCUUGAAUUAGCCAGCAAAUUCGAAUCGGACCAUCCAUUUUUCAAAGUGGUGAUGCGACCUACUUAUGUUCGGAAUUAUUUGGGUGUUCCUUGUGCAUUCUUCAGGAAGCAUGUUCAAAAGAACAAGCAAGUUGCGACUCUUAGGUACUCAGACAGAUCGUGGCAAGUGAAGCUGAGGAGCUUUGAACACAGAGGAAUGGCAUUUCUCUCUAACGGUUGGUCCUUAUUCGUGAGAGCAACUGGUCUUUGUGUAAGAGAUGUCUGCGUGUUCGAGCUCAUUGAUAGGGAUGACAUUGUGUUCAGAGUCUCCAUCUUCAACAGCGAUGGUCUGAUUGAAAUUGAACACUCUCAAUGCCAAGAGAGCUUUUCGGAGCCAGCUUUUCAUGGUUCUCAAUGUCUGAGCCCUUUCACUGCUUAUGAAAAAGCUAGCGGAUUUGAAUCGGACCAUCCCUUUUUCAAAGUGGUGAUGCAGCCUUCUUAUGUUCGGAAAUAUAUGGGCAUUCCUUGUGAAUUCUUCAGGAAACAUGUUCGAAAGAACAAGCAAGUUGCGACUCUUAGGAACUCAGACAGAUCGUGGCAAGUGAAGCUGAGGAGCUAUGAACGCAGAGGAAUGGCAUUUCUUUCUGCUGGUUGGUCCUCAUUCGUGAGAGAAACUGGUCUUUCUGUAAGAGAUGUCUGCGUGUUCGAGCUCAUUGAUAGGGAGGACAUUGUGUUCAGAGUCUCCAUUUUCACUAGUGAUGGUUGGAUCGAAAUUGAACAGACUCAAUGCCGAGAGAGCUCUUCCAAGCCUGCUUUUCACUUUUCUCCGUGUCUGAGCCAGGUUUCUGCUUAUGAAAAAGCUAGGGGAUUUGAAUCGGACCAUCCCUUUUUCAAAGUGGUGAUGCGGCCUUCUUAUGUUCGGAAAUAUUUGAACAUUCCUAGUGAAUUCUUCAGGAAACAUGUUCAAAAGAACAAGCAAGUUGCGACUCUUGGUUACUCAGACAGAUCGUGGCAAGUGAAACUGAGGAGCUACGAUCACAGAGGAACGGCAUUUCUCUCUACCGGUUGGUCCUCAUUUGCAAGCGAAACUGGUCUUCGUGUAAGAGAUGUCUGCGUGUUCGAGCUAAUUGAUAGGGAUGACAUCGUGUUCAGAGUCUCCAUUUUCAGCAGUUAUGGACGGAUUGAAAUUGAACAAUCUCAAUGCCGAGAGAGUUCUUUGGAGCCAGCUUUUCACGGUUCUCCGUGUCCAAGUCCUGUCACUGCUCAUGAAAAAGCUAGCAAAUUUGAAUCGGAGUAUCCGUUUUUCCAUGUAUUGAUAUUGCCAAAUCAUAUGAACAGAAAAUUGAACAUUCCGUGGAAGUUCAUAAAGACAUACAUUAGGGAAGACUGGCGAAUGGUGACUCUUGUUACUUCCGGCAGAUCAUGGGAGGUGAAGUUCCAGGGCUAUAGGCGCUUCCACAUUGCAUGCUUGACAGCUGGUUGGUCCGCGUUCGCAAGAGAAGCUUGCUUGCGUGGAGGAGAUGCCUGUGUGUUCGAGCUCAUCGAUAGGGACAAUAUCGUGUUCAGAGUCUCCAUUUUCAGUAGCGUAAAUAAAGAAGUGAUUUGCAUCGAUUGAGAUGAACCCCGGAAGUGUCACCAGUAGGGCUGUUUACGGUGCCGAGAGGAACUCGAGAAACUAAUUUGCCGACACUAUUUCAUGCCUAAUUUAUCUAUAACGUGAUUAAUCAAUGAAGAGCUCACUUUUGCUCGC